GAUGAGUUGAUUGGAAUGGCUGACAGCCCCGGAAGUGAUGAAGUAUUCAAAAGUCAUGGCCUUAACAUGGAUGUCCUUUAUCGUACUGGUGAAACUCAGCAGGUCAGGUCAGGUCAAUCUUUUGGCUGAAGGCAUAAAUUUCUUCCUUUUAUGUUAUUUCUGCAUUUAGCUUGAAUGAAUUAAGUGGUGGUUUUUAGUUCAAAGAUGAGGAUGACAACUUCUUCUUGUGCUCUAUGCCCUAUUAAUUCCAGGGCAUUCCUACAUACACGCCGCGUAUGGUUUCGGUAGAUCUUCAAGGAUCCCUAGGAUCAGUGGGUUCGCGGGGAUCUUUGUACAAUGAAGCCCCAGAAACGUCAACGGAUAAUAUUACAUGGUCCUGUAACAAUUCAAACAUCUCAGCCUAUAAAGAAGAAUUUGUUCUUGCAAAGUUUGCACUUGGAAGAAAAUGAAAACUUGGGUAGCUCAGGAGGUUGUGACAGCAGUGACAAUGCUUUCCAUACUGAAAUUCCUGAUAAGGACAUUGUCGAAAGUCUCGAAAAUGAAGUUCAGUAUUGGACAGAUUUCUCAAAAGUUCAUUAUCACCCUCAGAGUUUGUAUGAAUUGAGUGGGAUGUGGAUGGACCUCGAAGAAUUUAAAAAUUAUGGAAUUGGAAAAGAGGCAUUUUCAGGUGUACACACAGAAGAAAUUAAUGAGAGACUUCGCUUUUUCAUUGAAGAAAGUGACCAUCCUCAGGGAAUUCAAUUCAUUGUUGAUGAUUUUGGGGGCUUCUCUGGUUUAGCAGCGGAGUUUCUAGAGAAUAUUUCUGAUGAGUACCCAAACAUUCCAGUCCUAUUGUACUCUGUUCAUGCUCCUGACACUUGCCUAGGUUCCCAAAACCGCAAAAUGGCAAUAUCCCGUAAACUUCAUGAUGCAGUUUCAUUCGCCAAGUUGUCAUCAUUCUGUAAAAUGAUUGUUCCGAUUGGUCUGCCAUCGCCAAGUAUGAGUAAGAUGUCAAAGCACCUCCAUUUGGAAGAUAAAAAACCUUAUCACACCAGUGCAGUUUAUGCAUCUGCGAUACACUCUGUCAGUCUCCCUUUCAGAAUGGAUACACUGGGGCCUAGUGCACAGUUGAGCCACACAUGUGGUGCUUUGAGUGUCAAUGACCUCGUCCAAAUGUUAGCAGGCCGGGAUCGGCAGAACAUGGUUGUUACACUGGAUGUUGCAAUGCCGGCUCCAGCUUUGACAGCUGUCCAGGUCCAACAAUCUUUAUUAAAGCAGUUGCAGCCAAUUAGUCCUGAAAUAUCCGAUGUUGAAGACAUGCAUGCUUUGGAAUCUAUGAUCAUCCAUGGGGUCUUUGGAUCAGGAAGCAAAAGAGCCUUAGUUUCCCAAGUUCAGGAAGCUGUCCAAGCUGCUUAUUUAAGUGCAGAAGAAAGGCCCAAAUUCUCCCAUCUAUCUGUUGCCCGGUGUCCACUUCCAAUACCGUUGCCUUUCCCUACAAUAUUUGGGAACCAUGUUGGCCAAAAUGGUGAGCUUUUGGAUGCCCCCAUUUCCGACUCUCCAUCAAGGGGGUCACUUGAAGUCCACUCGAUCCCCAUGGCAGCAAAACUACGUUCCAGCAAUGGUGUUUUGCCGUUUCUGGAGAAUAGACUGGGAAGCCUUGGCAAGUUUGGCAUUGGACGAGGAGCACUUGGGGCAGAGUUACUGAGAAGUUGGGGAUUUGGAGAUGAGGAUGUAGAAGAUAUGGUAGAGACGCUGUCAAAUAUGGUAGCAAAGUUGAAACCAGAAUUCGAAGAAACAUCAGAUUCUGAUUGAAGGUCGGUUAGUCUAUCACUCUGUCUACAUGAUUUUGUUAAAACUAUGGCAUUCUUAUCUUCUGUUAUUAGGAUAGUAGUCAAUGGCGGGUGAUAGUGCCGCUAUUGCACCACCACAGAGCAGUUGUCUGCUACCACCACUGCUCCAUUCCAGUGUUUUUAUGCACACACAGAUUUUGAAUUUGAUUAUUAUCUUUGAUUAUUUAUGUACUUAUUAUAGCAGUAAUGAUUUGAUUA